UCGGUCUGCGCAAUGCGGCCGUUGUGCUCAAGUGAAAUCUAAUCCGUCUCUCUUCAUUGCAAAAAUAAACCGUGUAUAUUAUUCCUUCUACAGAUAUGCCCUCAGCGUAAUGUGCCCUGAUGAUAGCUUACAGCUGCACAGGCUUUUUUCAUAAGUAAUGUCAUCCCUCGACCCAAAUGAUCCCUUCGAUGACGGCCAGCCUUGGCAGAGCGUCCCCUCCACCUACCUCAGCGCUGCUCAGAAGAAGAAGAAAAACAAUGACAGCGCUUCGACCACCUUUGGCAACGAAGCACCCAUCCGCUAUGAAGAAAACCUAUCCGAGAGCCAACCCAUCCACUUGGCACUUCCUACUUCCCCAACCAUCCCGCUUGCUCAGCCCUCGGCACCCAGUCUCGAGGCAGCCAUACGAACCACGACUACUACAGCUACAGCCACUUAUAAAACAACAACCAGAGCUGGAGAAUCUUCCCACCAAGGAAUGUUCGAGGACGCACCCCCUUCAUACGAGGCCACGAUUAUCAAAGAUAUCCCCCAGCUUCAUGACAACUACGACCAUCUUCGAGGACCUCCCGGCCAACGUGGCCUUGAUAUCAAGACCAGGAUACCACUAGAUUCGACGCCGUCCUCCCAUUACUAUCAGUCCGGCAGCGGAAGUGGAAGCGGAGGUCCAAGUAGACCAGACCCCUCCUCCUCGCUGCCUCCAACACAAACCGCCCAAUACGGCGCCAUCAGCCCAUCGUCUUCUUCAUCACCCUUAGCCCAACCCUCCGCACCCAACCUCCUGCAAGGCCAGGUUUCUUAUGGUCGCGAAGAUGAUGCCUUGCACUCUCGGGAUGUGGAUCGCCUCCUCGGCACCGAGGCCGAAUCCCCUCAUACUUACGCACAACACGACGACGAAGAUGACGCCCCAGAGUCGCACUGGAGCAUUGUCGGCGACGGCAAGGCCUGGAUGGGCCUUGCCUAUAAUAUCGCCGUUAUUUUCCCCUGGGCACUGUUUUGCUUUGUCUGGACAUUGGUGACAGCCAUCAUCGCAGCCGUGAGCAUGAUUAUUCCCCCGAUUGGAUAUCUAUGCAUGGUCGCCACCGUCACCUCUUGGAGAGCCCUCGCAAGAGUCGAUCUGGUUGUGUCACGAUCCUUGGUCGACUACAAAGCUCUGGAAAAGUAUACACACCGUACCGCCAAGGUCUUUGUCGGAUUGCCAAAGCCGAUAUUUGAAUCAGGAACGGCAAUAGCUAGGAGGAGACAGCAGCGGUAUAGGAAUUUGUGGGAUCGGGGCGCAGCCCAUUUGUGGGCGACGGUCAGUGAUCAACAUACAAUCAGUGUCUUGUUUUAUUUCUUGCUGUGGAAGUUCAUGUUUGCGCUGGCGGUGUUUGUCUUGGUCGUGACACUGGGAUCCCUGGCAGUCCCGUUUUUGAUCUGUCUUUUGCCGACGCUGCUGCUUGUGAGUCGAAUGAUGAUCCUUUGGCAGUUCCGAUGGGCGGUCUUUUGGCUGGCGGAGAAGACUCAGCCCAUCGCGUUACCAUGAAAAGCGCAAUAAACCCCACGUAAUAUUCAAAUACUCGACUAGUAGCGACAAAAAAAAAAAGUUCAUUUGUACUGCUAUAGACUUUGGAUGUUUCAGGCCCCAGACGACAUAUCAAGUUGGCAUCCUCAUGCGAAAUGAGUGUCAUUUUGCCUAAGGAACUUGGCGUUUCCGGCUCGCAUGGUGUGGUUGGCUUCAAUGAAUGAGCAGAGCACGACGAGC